UUUGGGCACUAUACUAUAUAUGUGUAGCCAACUAUGUAUGCAGUUCUAGUGGUAUCUGCGUUACAUUUAGAAGACUAAACGCCCGCCCAGUCAAACGCACUUGUUUCUCUGGAUUGGUGGCUCGCGUUGGACGUCUGGGGGCCAACGGCUUUAAAACAUCAUGUGAGCGCCUCCUCCUGUCGAAACUCUCACAGUGGGUCGGAAUAAACACAAGAACAGAGAUUCCUGCAUCCAUCUUCAUCAACAUGACAUGCUUUAUUUGCAUUUCUGUCUUUUGUUUGUCUUCAUUUUUAAUGGAGGCGCAGGGUACAUAUGGCCCUUAUUUAAGGAACCAUAACCAGCUGUCUGGAGACCGGCAGAGAUCUCACUUCACCCCCAAUAUGCCUGGACACGGCAACUCCAUCAACUUUGGAGCUCAUGGCUUUAAUCACAGGUUUUACAGCUAUCAUCAUCGCAACCCUCAUCAGCAUCACCACCAGCGGCCGCCCUGGAAGGGGCCUCCCUUUAUCUACCACCGUCCUGCCUUACCUGUCCGGCCCAUCUCACCUGCCCAUCCUGUCCGGUCAGUUGUGCCCACACGUCCCAGAAUUUCAGUGGUGCUACCUGUCCCUACAGUUCCCAUCCCACUCACCAAGGUAGCCACCCUAUCCCCGCCACCUCCAACACAGACUACAACCACAACAACCACAGCAACCACAACAACCACAGCAAUCACAACAACCACUCCAGAGCCGGUCAGUACCCCUCAUGGCACACCUGCCCCUGCCGAACCUUCCACUGACCCAGCUCCAGCAGAGCUCUGCAAGAGCCGUCCUCUAGACCUGGUUUUUAUCAUUGACAGUUCUCGUAGCGUCCGUCCUGCAGAGUUUGAGAAGGUCAAAAUCUUCCUCUCUGAAAUGGUUGAUUCUCUUGAUAUCGGAUCCGAUGCCACACGAGUUGCCCUGGUCAACUACGCCAGCACCGUCAACACUGAGUUCCUUCUGAAAAAGUACUUCAGUAAGGCAGAGGUCAAGCAGGCCUUCUCCCGUAUCGAUCCCCUCUCAACAGGAACUAUGACUGGCCUGGCUAUCAAAACCGCCAUGGAGCAGGUUUUUACAGAGAACGCUGGGGCCCGACCACUAAAAAAAAACAUCGGUAGGGUGGCCAUCAUUGUGACUGAUGGAAGGCCGCAAGAUAAAGUUGAAGAGGUGGCAGCAGCAGCAAGGGCUUCUGGGAUUGAAAUAUAUGCUGUCGGAGUGGACAGAGCAGAUAUGCGGUCCCUCAAACAGAUGGCCAGUCAGCCUCUUGAUGACCAUGUGUUCUAUGUGGAGACAUACGGAGUGAUCGAGAAACUAACAUCUAAGUUCAGGGAGACACUCUGUGAAGAGGCAAGAGGAGAUCUGACCGAGAAUGCCUGCAUGUGUGAAGCUCAGAUUGCAUUUCAGAGGAAGGUUCACAACAGCAUACAGACUCUCACCAGCAGACUGGAUGACAUCUCAAACAGAGUGCAGCAGUUUGAUCUCCGGCGUGCCUAGAGUGGAGGAUGGGAUUCUAAACAGCUUGUUCUAAAAAGAAAGAAGAAGAAGAGGAAGAAAAAACAACAAUUUAAUCUCUCAUUAGCUGCCUACAAUGUAUCCCAUGCAUUCCUCAUUUUGUUUGUUUAAUCAUAUUGUGCUUAUAGCUAUUUUAGAUUUCAUUAUGUUCUGAGUAUGAUCUUUGAGUUAUCAUAUAUCAAAUUAACUUUGUUGACACAAAGUGUUACAUGUUUUUAAGUAGAUUUCCUUUUAUUUUGGGGAAAAAAAUAGUAAAUAUAAUAGUA